AUGCUUUUCUCAUUCUCCAAUAUUCCAUAUAUAGCCCUUGGUCUACUGGUUGCCUAUUACCUGUUGCCGUACUUGCAAAGGUCGCAUCUGAGGGGUAUUCCCAGCCCGGGGCUCGCGAGUUUUACCAACCUUUGGCUGCUUCUACAAGCACGACAGGGAAAGCGUUACCUGUCUGUUGACGAGGCGCAUAAGAAGUAUGGCAAAGUGCUGCGCAUAGCACCGAAUCACAUCUCUGUUGCCGAUGAUACCGCCAUCCAGGCCAUAUAUGGACACGGAAAUGGAUUCCUGAAGGCCGACUUUUAUGAUGCCUUUGUGUCAAUUCGCCGAGGAUUGUUCAAUACUCGGAACCGGGCUGAGCACAGCCGUAAGCGAAAGAUUGUGUCUCACACUUUCAGUGCCAAAUCCAUUGGUCAGUUCGAGCAGUACAUCCACGCCAAUCUUGAGAUCUUUGUCGAGCAGUGGAACAAACUCUGCAAACUCGAGACGAAUCCGAAGACUGGAUAUGCUAGUAUAGACGCUUUGAACUGGUUCAACUACCUGGCCUUUGAUAUCAUCGGUGACUUGGCCUUUGGCGCCCCCUUUGGUAUGCUUAAGAACGGUCGAGAUAUUGCUGAGAUGCGUAAGAGCCCCGAUGAACCCCCUCAGUAUGUUGCUGCUGUUGAGGUGCUGAACCGUCGCGGUGAGGUCUCUGCGACGCUAGGCUGCUUGCCAGCCCUUAAGCCCUGGGCCAAAUGGAUCCCUGACCGUUUCUUCACUGAGGGACUGGAGGCGGUUGAGAAUCUCGCUGGUAUUGCUAUUGCCCGGGUUAACGAACGUGUGAAACCCGAGGUUGUUGAGAAAAACACCCGUGUCGAUCUUUUGGCGCAUCUAAUGGAGGGCAAGGAUGAGACUGGUGAGAAGCUAGGCCUCGAGGAGCUUACUGCGGAGGCUUUGACCCAGCUGAUCGCCGGCUCGGAUACCACCUCGAACACGUCCUGUGCUAUCCUCUACUGGUGUCUUCGCACCCCUGGCGUAGUCGAGAAACUUCAGAAGGUUUUGGAUGAGGCAAUCCCAAAGGAUGUCGAUGUUCCCACCCACGCCAUGGUCAAGGAUAUUCCCUAUCUUCAAUGGGUCAUCUCGGAAACAAUGCGAAUUCAUAGCACAUCUGCCAUGGGUCUUGCACGUGAGAUCCCCGAAGGCACUAAGCCUAUCGUCAUCGCGGGUCAAACAUUCCACGCUGGCGACGUUCUCUCCGUGCCUACUUACACGAUCCAUCGCUCUACUGAAAUUUGGGGCGAGGAUGCCGAGGAAUUCGUCCCAGAGCGCUGGGAAAAUCUGAACCCCCGCCAAAAGGCUGCGUUCAUUCCUUUCAGCCAUGGUCCGCGUGCUUGCGUCGGUCGUAAUGUCGCUGAGAUGGAAUUGCUUUGCAUUGUUGCCACUGUCUUCGGCCUGUUUGAAUUCCAAAUUGAACAGGAAGAGGAGAUGGAAACCCGGGAAGGCUUCCUGCGCAAGCCACUUGGUUUGCAGGUAGGGUUGCGUCGCCGGGUCCGAGUUUAG